AUGAUGGAAAACCAUAAAAUAGUACUAUCAAAGGAGUUCAUACAAGAUUAUUCAAAGGAUAACGAUAACAGUUAUGAAAAGGGCACACAUGAAGAACCUGAUGAAGUAAGCGUGACUCAACUUACCGUGGACCCAGAAAAGUUGUCUUCGUGCUCAAAAUCACAGGAAGAUCUGUCGGAUUGCAUAAAGAACUAUUACAAGAUGUUUUUGGACGAAGAUCCAGUAAACGAUGAAAAGGAAAGACCAGUAGAGCUUUUAAAAUGUGGAAAGUUUUUCAAUGAUUACGAAUCUUGCUUAAAAAAGAUGUAG